AUAUUUUCUUGCGUGUGUGGGAGAGAUAUGAUUCGGAGAUGCCGGUGUUGGACUGGGGUGUACAAAGCUAAAAGAGAUAGUUUGUCUAAGGUUUAAACGAACGCUGCAACAGAUCCGGGAAAAGGAGUAUUUUAUAUCUGACUUUCUGAGUUGUGAUUGUUUUAUUUUCCUCUCUCUCGGUUUCCCGGUUGAUUGAAGGAGGAAUAAUAAAGCAGGCAGAGAGAGAGAGAGAGAAGGAUGUUGUCUUGGGGGGAGUUGACCUCAGGGAGCGGACAGAAUCCCUGUUCCCCGUCAGAGGAGAUUCUCAAAGGAGAGAGGGUUCAGCAUGUUUGCAGCCGGGAAGGAGUCACUGUGUUUGUGUUGGAAAACGGGAAAGUUUAUAUCAGAGCCCGCGGAUGGAAGCGAAAUUCAAAACCUGGACAAUUUACUCACUUCAAGGAGCAGAAAAUUGACAUUGCGGAGAGUGGAAUAUCCCACAUCCUCUUCCUUUCUAAAACAGGAAUCGUUUUUCAGAGUGAAGUUAAAUCGAAGGAAACAGCAGCUAAAGUAAAAGAUUUCUCCAUCAUGAAACCACAAGUGCUUAAGAGUUUGAGUAAUACCCACAUCAUUCAGGUGGCUUGUGGAAACAAUCACUCACUGGCACUGUCUAAAAAUGGCCAACUCUUUGCCUGGGGACAGAACACUUAUGGCCAACUUGGUCAUGGUACAAAAGAUGUCUCCCAGCACAGUCCUCAGAGUGUCAUAUCCCUCACUGGGAUGCCAGUGGCACAGAUCGCUGCAGGAGGAGAUCACAGCUUCACCCUGUCUCUCUCUGGGACGGUGUUUGGAUGGGGGAGAAAUAAUCACGGACAGCUGGGACUCAAGGACACAGAGGACAGACUUGAACCCAACCAUGUGACGCUGUUGAAGGGUAAGAGGACCAUCUAUAUCGCCUGUGGAGAAGAACACACUGCUGUCCUGACAAAGGUUGGACUUGUUUACACCUUUGGAGCUGGGAGUUAUGGACAACUUGGACACAACUCCACAAAGGAUGAGAUUAAACCUCAUCUGAUUGGUUACCUGUUUGGAAGUAAAGUAUCUCAGAUAGCAUGUGGAAGUUAUCACACACUUGUUUUUGUUCCAUCGUGUGGCAAAAUCUACUCUUUUGGUCGUGGAGAGGAAGGGCAAUUGGGAAACAAAGAGACCAGAGAUCAGUUGGUGCCUCUUUCCAUUAACAUAACGGACAUAUUUGCCUAUAAUGGAUAUGAAGAUGGACACGGAGCAAAACUAGCUGUGAAAAGAAUUUUUGCAGGAGGCCACCAAAGCUUUGCAGAGUGCUGUGAUGAAAUGGAUUUGUUGCCCUGUGUCAAUCAAUCUUUCAAUAUUUUGAGGAGAACCGUGACAGUAGACCAUUUACUGGAGCAAGAAUUGGACAAAAACACAAGAAAGGGAAUUGUUCGGGCAUUUUCUUCAUCUCAAACUCUGUGUGGAAGUUUCCUUGAUGUCAACAAAGAUGGCCAUUUCAAAACAAAUGGGGAAACAUCUGGUCUGAAUCUGUCUGCAGUAUAUCUGGGCUUUGUGAUGUUAGCAAAAAACUCCUCAGUUUUGCAGCAGGUGAAGAAUGCAGUCCAGAAUAACCUGAUCCCAUCGUUACCUCGAUCUCCGACCUGUGUGGAAACAUUGCGAGUUUACAUUAUAAUACCAGAACUCAUUGCUGUCCUGGGAGAGUCAAGGGACUCAGCAACGCUGCUUGAAUCUUUAAGCAGAUCCAUUCUCUCACUUGAAGACAGUUAUUUUAAAAUUCUUGAACGUUGGUGGUGUACGAUGCCUUAUUAUUUCUUCUUGCGCCUUGUGAGGAUGUAUCAGAAAGAAUCACAUCGCCUUCUUCAACUCACAAUGACAGGUGCCUCACAAUGCAAUCCCCAACUACACAAUUCACUAAAAAUCUUACAAACACUCUACCAGGUAAACUUGUGCAGACAUCACACAAUUCAGGAGAGAAAUUUCUGCAUUCCAGUUAUGAAAGUGAUUAAAGAUUCUUUAACGGCUUUUGCUGCGCAAUGCUUCCCCAAAGCUCCUCCAGCAGUGAUGGAUCCGUUCAUAAAUGAUGCAAUGAGAGGCUGUUAUAUGCCUUUUAAACCAGAAUAUGAACAGUUUAAACAAUAUCUCUCAGUACUCUGCAAGAUCAAAGAAGAAUUAAUUCCAUAUCGCUGCAUCUUUGAUAUGGAAACAAAGCUUAAAUUAUGGAAAAUGGAAUCCCAGAUGCUGCAGAAACAAGCCUUUAUAUCUGAGCCAAUAUUAUCGCUAGAGGUUUCCAGAGAUGCAGUUCUCCGAGAUGUCCUGGACAAUUUAAGGUCCCAAGGAACAGGGGAUCAAUAUGUUGCAUUCCAGGUUGAAUUUACAGGGGAAGUCAGUUUUGGUUAUGGGGUGACGCAGACAUUCUUCACCCUUCUUGGUCGAGAACUACAUAGCAAUGGGCGGAUAUUUCAGCAAUACGAAGAAUCAGGGCUACUUUGGUUUCCCAGCCGGGAACCAGAGAUGGAUGAUGUAUUUUAUCUGCUGGGAAUUCUCUGCCGAUUUGUUGUGUCCAAUGGUUUUAUUUGCAAUUUUCACUUCCCAUUGGCUUUGUACAAAAAGCUGCUUCACGUGCCGCCAACAUUGGACGAUCUGAAGGAACUCUCGCCAACAGAAGGAAAAUCACUCCAGGGAUGUCCUUGACUAUGAGUAUGAUGAUAUUGAAGAGACAUUUUAUCUGGAUUUUACU